AUGUCCGAGAGCCAGUUGGUGGCGAGCGCGCCGGAGCGGGGCGCGUCGGGGCCGGAGGAGCCCCCAGGGUCGCGGGGUCCUCGGCGCGGCGCCCCCUGCACCAGUGUCCCGCAGAAGCUGGCCGAGGCGCUGAGCAGCCAGUACGGGCUGAACGUGUUCAUGGCGGGGCUGCUGCUGCUGCUGGCCUGGGCGGUGCACGCGGCGGGCGUGGGCAAGCGCGCGCUGCUCGGCGUGCUCACCGCGCUCAUGCUGCUGCAGCUGCUCUGGAUGCUGUGGUACGUGGGCCGCAGCGCCGCGCAGCGCCGCCUCAUCCGCCUCAAGGACACGCACGCCGGCGCGCGCUGGCUCCGCGGGAGCAUCGCCCUGUUUGCCGUCAUCACCGUCAUCCUAGGAUGCCUGAAAAUUGGAUACUUCAUUGGGUUUUCGCAGUGCCUCUCAGCCACCGAAGGGGUUUUCCCGGUCACCCACGCCGUGCACACCGUCUUACAGGUGUAUUUCCUGUGGGGACAUGCAAAGGACAUGAUCCAGUCUUUCAAAACCCUUGAAAGGUUUGGGGUGAUCCAUUCGGUGUUCACCAACCUGCUUCUCUGGGCCAACAGCGUCCUGAAUGAGUCAAAGCACCAGCUGAAUGAGCACAAAGAAAGGCUCAUCACCCUGGGCUUUGGGAACAUAACGAUAGUUCUAGAUGACCACACACCGCAGUGCAACUGCUCGCCCCCGCACCUCUGCUCGGCCAUCUCGCACGGCAUCUACUACCUGUACCCCUUCAACAUCGAGUAUCAGAUUCUGGCCUCCACCAUGUUCUACGUCCUGUGGAAGAACGUGGGGCGCAAGGUCGACAGCCGCCAGCAUCCGAAGAUGCAGUUCAAGUUCGAGGGGGUCACGGCGGGCUCGGUCCUGGGCCUGACGGCGCUGGCGGCCACCAUCGGGGUGGUGGUGGUCUACCUGAUUCGGAUCGGCCGGUCCAAGACCAAGAGCGAGUCUGCGCUCAUCAUGUUCUACCUGUACGCCAUCGCCUUGCUCAUGCUCAUGGGGGCGGCGGGGCUGGUGGGCAUCUGGAUCUACAGGGUCAACGAGCAAUCCCUGGACGAGUCCAAGAACCCGGCCCGCAAGCUGGACGCAGACCUGUUGGUGAGCACGGCGUCCGGCUCGUGGCUCAUCUCCUGGGGCUCCAUCCUGGCCAUCGUCUGCGCCGAGGACAGCCCCCCGUACACCUGGUACAACCUGCCCUACUCCAUCCUGGUGAUCGUGGAGAAGUACAUCCAGAACCUCUUCAUCAUCGAGUCCAUUCACCGGGAGCCCGACCGGCUCUCCGAGGGCAUCAGGACCCUGCGGGUGGUCACCGUCAGCAAUGGCAAUGCCGCCUCCCUCCCCUCGACCUGCCUCAAGGCUGGAGGUGUGGCGGGGGAGGGGCAGCCCCAGGACUGGGAGAUGUCACCUGUGGCCAAUGGAAAUGUGUACCAGAGGGGAGGCUGUGGCAAGGAGGAAGAGGAGAGGAGCUCGGAGGGGGCCCGCGGCCUGGCCUGUCACCCCCGUUUCUUGCAGGGAAACGCCAGGAGGAAGGUCCUGAGGAACAUUGCGGCCUUUCUGUUCCUCGGCAAUAUUUCGCUGUGGAUCCCCCCGGCCUUCGGCUGCCGCCCGGAGUAUGACAACGGGCUGGAGGAGAUUGUGUUUGGCUUUGAACCUUGGAUCAUCGUGGUCAACCUGGCCAUGCCCUUCUCCAUUUUCUACCGCAUGCACGCAGCUGCCUCCCUCUUUGAGGUCUACUUAUGUGGCUACCGCAGCAGCAUGGCAGGACACCUCUCCGUCUUCCGGAGCCGCAUGCUCCUCGGUACAGAGAGAGGGUCUGACAGUGAGGAACCUCUCAGAUCCGCGGGCUCGCUCCAGGCUCCGGCGGGCUGA